UCACUAACGAACUACUUGGAUCCGGAAGCUCAGACCGUAGCAGCUCUUAACGUUUUCUGAGAAGACGGAAUGGAAACGACCACUUUUCCUACCCAGGCCAUAAAUAACUAACGUAAAUUAUGAGACCAUAGGAUUGCAAAACAGGGAAAUAUAAACAUAAUCAGAAUCAUAUCGAUUUAUAAAAUCGUGUUUACUACACGUUAUUUCUCCUUCGCUUGCGUGCAAGCAACGCCUCAGCUCAUGAGCUCGCGCUAAUCGCAUCUGACGAGCCCUUUAGGUCUAAAAAAUUCUGAGUACAAAGAUGUCCAAGCCCCCGAAUUCUGCAUCUCGGUCCAGGUCUAGAUCACGGUCUUAUACCCGUUCACACUCAAGGAGCCGAUCUCGUUCAAGGUCCAGAAAGCGUCGCUACAGUUCCAGAUCAAGAUCCCGUUCCCACAGCGGAGAGAGAAGAAACUAUCCUUCCCGAGAUUUUCAGAACAACCGUGGGUAUAACCGUGGUUUCCGUGGUUACCGGAGACCCUUUCAGUACAACCGUGGCAGAGGACGUGGCUACUUCCCACGAGGAAACUACCACAGAGGUGGCGGCUAUGGUUACCGCCCCAACAACUGGCACGGCAAUAGAGAUCAGCAGCAGCCCUACGACCACUCUUAUAGUCCCAGGAGGGGUCGCUCUCGCUCACACUCGCCCCGGAAGCGCUCGGGAAGCCGAAGCCGCUCCCACCAUUCCAACAAAUCGUCUUCUGGACACUCCAGACGCUCCAGCUCUUCUUCCCGCUCCUCGUCCCCACGACGACGCAGCUCCGGAAGACCCCCCUCCAAGGAUGCCAAGGGAAGGGGUUCACCCGGUGAUGGCAAGGCACCUUCCAAGGAAGCAUCGAAGCCUAGAGGAAGCCCUCCGGAGGACUCCACAAGCAAAUGGGAACACCUGAGUGAUUAUGAUAUCAGUCCCAAGCGCUCGGGCAAUUCAGCGUCCGCAGGUGGUCAACCAGAGAUCAAAGUGACCACGUCUGGAGGUGCUGGCAAUGGCGGUACGCUGUGGCGAAGCAUCGAUCCUGCCAGUAAAAGCCCACCGGUGAAGACGUCACCCUCAACCGGCUUCGGGUUCUUUUCAAAGGACGAUGUGAAGGCAGGGGGGGACACAUCGGCGUCCAUCUCGACGGCGUUCAAGAAGUUUUUGGCAGAAAAGAAAAAGCCCAUGUCAGACAGGGAUAACAGCAGAGGCGAGACUUUAAGCUCUGCUGCCGGCGACAGCAACAACGAGAAGACGGGCAAUAAGUCGAGAGGCAUUUUCGACGCGUCGGAUGCCGGCUACGACGGCUCGAAGACUGACAAAGGUCUUCCGUUUCUGGACGCUGAGGAAGAGGAGUACCGCCAGGAAAUGAAAGACAGGAAGAAUGAGGAAGAGACCAAGUACAAGGACAAAAUCCCUCUCUCCAUGCGAGACUUAGCCGAAGAGCGUUUCGGGAAAUGGGACGACUCCGCCUAUCACCCCAGCAAAGAUUCAUCGCGGAGGGACGAAGAAGUCGAGGAGGGACUGGACGAGGAACUUUACCGCAGCCGAAAGCAUGCAAGAAAGGAAGAGAAGGCCGCCAAGAAGAAAGAAAAGAAGAAGAGCAAGAUAAGCCCGUCCUCUCCGUCAGUAUCUGAGAAUAAAGGCAAGAUGCUGUUUCCGGCUGCAAAAGAGCGUUCGCCCUCACCUAAAUCCUCAGCGAAGAAAGAGCCGCAGUUUAAUUUCAGUAUAAAAGCAUUCACUGAUGAUGGAGGGAGCUCAUCAGGUGCGUUAGCUAAAGAGAGACGUUUGUCACGGGAACUCAUGCACCCGACUAAAAAAGAUCACGAGGAGUUUCGUUCAAUCUUUGAACAUGUGCAGUCCGCUCAGCUUCGCAGGAGCCCUUCAGAGCUGUUUGCUCAACAUAUUGUCACCAUUGUACAUCAUAUAAAAGCCCAACAUUUCCAGUCCUCUGGGAUGAGUCUGAGCGAGCGAUUUGGAAUAUACCAAAGAAAAGCUGCAGAGAUGGAAUCGAUGAAGCAGAGGAGGAGUCCUGAGAUCCACAGGCGAAUCGAUGUGUCUCCCAGUGCUUUUAAGAAGCACUCUCACCUGUUUGAGGAAUUUGACGAGAGCGGCUACAAGGAUCAUGGUAAAAAACAUGACGCUGAUUCAUUGGACCUGCGAUUGGCCAUUGAGCGCCGUAAAAAGGAUCCUAAACGAGACGGGGGAAAGAGUUCAGCCGGGUCACGCACACCCAGCCAUGAGCUCUCCUCUGAAAGAUCCUCCAAACACAAGAAAUCAAAGAAAAGCAAGAAGAAACGCGAGCGCUCUCCUUCAUCUUCCUCGUCUUCGUCUUCCUCUCCCUCGCCCCAUCCUUACAGAGAGAAGGAGUAUUAUAUGGAAGAUCACAUGGAGGGUGGAGGGGUCUUUAAUAAGGCCCGUCUGGGGUCCAGAGAGUUCCAUGGGCCCCGUGACUAUGAGGGUCACAUGGACCGGGGUUAUGAGAGGGGCAGAGGAGGGUACGACCGUGGAGGAUUUGACAGGGGUCGAGGGGGUUACGACCGUGGAUUUCCCAGAGUGAGAGGUAGAGGAUGGAACAGGGGAAAUUACCCUGGAAACAACACCAAUAAUAACCCUCAAAAUAUGGCAGGUCCGUCUCGUCCCCCAGAGGAAGAGUGGGACCCAGAAUACACCCCCAAAAGUCGCAAGUACUUCCAGCAUGAUGACCGAGACAAAGAAGCUGAGAUGAAGUGGUUGGACACUCGGGGACGUGGCAGAGGGGGUUACCCGCGUGCGAGGGGCACGUUCAUGGUUCGCAAGGGUGGCGGCAGCCCCAAGUGGACCCAUGACAUGUUCCCGGGCAACACUGAUGGAGGAGACAUGGGUGACGGCAGCGCAGACCAUAGCCUUAAAGAUGACGACAAGUCUGGGGGAAGUCCUGCUUCCAAGCCAUAGACAUUAUUGUUAGCAUCCAUCUUCAUCUGUCUGUUCACAAGCGUAGUGUAAGAGCAGCUAGUGUGACAUGAGCCACUCUGAGAACAGCAGGUGUGUUACUGCAAAACGAUAGAACAGUGUGAUUUGACAAACAUUCUACAAUUUCGUUCAUAUUUUUAUCUUUUCUAUGUUUUUUUUAAGGUUAUAGGAGGUAUUUUAUGUUUUCUCUAUGAGUGAUGGUAAACAGGAAAUUGGUCCAUGUGUCAGAAGGUACCUUGCGAAGGAUGAGCAGCAGAUGUUGGCUUUAAUCCUUACAGGUUGCAAAUUGAUUUUCAUUUUAAAGAAAGUGCAAUAAAAUGUGCACUUGUGCCUUAGAAUUAACUUGGAAUGUGUUUAAGUUCAGUUUUAGUUUUUAUGCAUGUCAAGUCAUGCAUGUGAAAUCAUAUAUAAUUUUGACUACUUUUAUUUGAUCAUUCUCAUUGGACUUCCCCCGUGAACCAAUACACUGUGUACUGGGCCGAUUUUCUUUACACGUCAGAAGUUUGGCCGUUUAAAAAUGUACAGAUAUUCCUACUAAAUUGGUUCUCCAUCAUAUUUAACAACGAAGGAAACUUUUUGAGGUUAAUGACACCACUAAAAAUAGACAACGGCUUUGUGAAACUUUUCUAUGUCAAGUAUAAAACCCCUCAGUUUCAUCUGAUUUUAAAGUAGAUUUCAAGGUUUGCAAGAAUUCUCACAAUGAUGCGCUUAUUGCAGACUUUGUACGUAAACAAAAUACUGUUGAACCAAAAUAUGUGAUGGUUGUCACCUGCAUGUUUUUAGAUGUGGUACAUUUAGCCAUCAUCACAUUUGGCCUGAAUUUUUUCCAUUGGUUUGCAUGCUGCAGUGUACAGAUGUGCUGCUGUCUGUAGUUUAUGAAAUUACUGUAGCGCUGUGAUUCUUCUGCUAAUAUGUACAAACUGCUCAGUCUGUGCUUUUGAUCCCCACGAUUAAUCCGAAAUAAAACAAAACGUUCCUCUGUU